AUGAAUAAAUUUAAAUAUACUCUUGCAAUUAUAAAACCAGAUAUAUUAGUAAAACAAAAUCAAAAUGUAGAUAAAAUUAUAAAUAAAAUAGAAUCAAAAUUUAUAAUACACCAAAGAAAGCAAAUUAAAUUAUCCUUAGAAGAAGCAGAACAAUUUUAUAAAGAUCAUAGAGGAAAAUUUUUCUAUGAAAGAUUAAUAUCAUUCAUGACUAGAGGUGAUAUAAUACCUUUAAUAUUAUCUGAUAAAUCUUUAGAAAUUAAUAAUAACAAUAACAAUAAUAAUAAUAAUACUAGUAUAAAACCUUGGAGAGAUUUUAUUGGUCCAACACACAGAGAUAAAGCAAGAGAACAAAUUGGAUGUUUAAGAGGUGAAUAUGGUACUUCAGAUACAAGAAAUGCAUUCCAUGGAUCUGGUUCUGAAGAAGAAGCAAUUGAUGAAAUUAAUUUCUUUUUCCCUCAUUUUUUAGAAAAUAAUAAGAAAUAA